AUGUCUAUCGUAGCAUUGGCAGACGGGCAGCAGUCGAGUGUCACCCUCGAUGUCCUCCGCGAUGUUGCUGCCAAAAACAAUAUGAAGAUCUCUUCUCCGGCAGAAGAAGAAGCCUACCUCCUUGUACUGCAAUCGGCAGAUGUAACGACAACCAAUGUUGACGAUCUGCCGGACUACGUUGAUCCGCGACUUGAGCCAGUGCCGACGAAAGGAGGACGACAAUAUUGGAAAUCAAAGGAGAACAGUCAUAACGCAUGGAGUCAUCAGGCAGCUCUUGUGGCGGAAAAGCCGGUCUCAGAUGUCCUCAAGGGCCGCAAGAUUGUGAUGAAGGACAAUAUCUCUGUUGGCGGGUUGCCGCACACCCUUGGAACGUUUCCUCAGUUUGUGUCCAAGGACGGGAAAUACCCUACAGCGACUAUUGAUGCGACCAUCACGCGACGACUGUUGGAAGCUGGAGCCACAAUCGUUGGCACUUCGACCUGCGAGAAUUACUCUCUGACACCCCUGUCCUAUUCGUCUGCCAAUGGACCAGUCCACAAUCCGUGGCUUCACGGCUACAAUGCCGGUGGAAGCACCAGUGGAGGGGCUUGUCUACUGGCCCUCGGCAAUGCGCGGGCAGCCUGCGUACCAGGGCUGGAGCAAGCAGGUGAAGACAUAGACCUAGCCAUGGGCGGCGACCAAGCUGGAAGUAUCCGAAUUCCGUCGUGUUAUUGUGGUGUCUACGGGCUCAAGCCGACUUUUGGCCUGGUUCCGUAUACUGGAAUCGCAGGACACCAUCCCAUGGUCGACUAUACUGGGCCUAUGGCAAGAAAGUUGGAGGACAUAGCCAGCCUGCUCACAGUGGUGGCUGGUUACGAUGGACUUGACCCGAGGAUGACUCCCGAAUCGCCACUUAGGCAGAACGUUAUUGAUUACGCGAAGGAGCUUUCGUCGGCAAAGGAUCCUGGCAAAGGUCUCAAAGUCGGCAUCAUCAAAGAGUCUUUGACCUUACCCGGGACCCAGGCAGAAGUGGCAGAGGUUGUGAAGUCCGCAGCAAUCAAGCAUUUCGAAGCCAGUGGAGCGACAGUGUCUGAAGUCUCGGUCCCAAUGCAUCUACUGGGACCGGCUAUCUGGACGGUAGCCACGAGAACUUAUCUCGCAGGGCUGGCCGUUGGUGGUAGGACUCCUGAUGUGCUCUUUCACAACAUGCCGCACUUGUCCUUGAGGUGGCCGCCGGAUCAAGAAAUGUAUGAUGUCCUGACGGCCUCCAAUCCUGCAGUGAUCAACAUCAUUUUCUGUGAGACAUUCUUGAAGGAGAAAUAUGGGCCCGAGGUCCAAGCCAAGGCCCACCGGCAUGUGUUUGAAUUGAGGGCGGCAUACGACAAGGCUCUGGAGGAUUUCGAUAUUCUCAUCACACCUACGGCGCCCUUUGUUGCGCCGCCUCACCCUGACAUGCGACCCAAAGCCGAAGGUGGAAGCACCUUCAUGGACAAGAUGACGCUCUCAGUGGGCGUAACCAACAACACGGCUCCUUUCAAUACUUCGGGCCAUCCAGCACUCAACGUGCCUUGUGGUUGGGCGCCCUCGCGCACCGGCAAGGGAAUGCUGCCUGUGGGAAUGCAAGUCAUUGGGAAGAGGUGGGAUGAUCUCGGUGUGUUGAAAGCAGCCAAAGCCUUUGAACUUGGAGGCGGUGGCCUUGGACCGUGGCCGGGCCAGAAGCAAUAG